AUGAGCCUUCAUGAUUCCUUCCCCGCAUACGGGGGGCGUGGCCCUGGCGAUGUCCGUCUUGGAAUUGCCCUCGGCGCCGUCGCGACACUCUUUAUCUUCCUCCGUGUUUAUGUCCGGCUUCGAAUCAACAAGUUCGGUACGACGGCCCUCAUGUGGGCCCUCCUCGCCUGGGGAUUUACUGCCAUGACCCAGAUCUUUGGCAUUCUGUCUGUGUUGCACGGUCUGGGCAACCAUAUGACCGUCGUGGCGGAGACGGGGGAACUGCAUAACUUCCUUCUUUUUACUUGGAUCACGGUCUUUUUCUUCAACCUCGCUAUCCCAACGGGCAAGGUGGCUGUUGCGGCGUUUUUGAUGGAGAUGAAUCAACAGACCAAUCCCAAAAUCCGCAAGAGUCUGAUCAUACUCGCUGCGGUGAACAUCGUCGUCAAUAUCCCCCAGAUCCUCCUCAUCUGGUUCCAAUGCAGUCCCGUCGACGCACUCUGGGAUCCGCUCCGCCAGACCGAGUGCGACCACCGCAAGAGCGUCUACUACACAUACUUCGUCGGCGCCGUGGCCGCCUUCUCGGACUUCUACCUGGCCAUCAUCCCAAUCCACAUGUUACUGCCGCUGCGGAUCGACCGCAAGCUGAAAUGGGGCCUGAGUUUCCUCAUGGGAUGUGGUGUCUUCGCUGGCGUGGCUGCCAUCGUCCGGACGUGGGCUGCCAAGUUCAUCUUGAGCGAGGACUCGUCCUACGGCGUCGGUGUCCUCUUCCGCUGGGGCGAAGUCGAAGAAUGGGUCGUCCUCAUCUCCAUGUCCAUCCCACCUGUCUGGCCUCUCUUCCGACCCUUAACGCAACGCUUCAUCAAAACCACCUCCUCACGAAGCCACCCGCAACUCUACUACAGCAACUACAAGCAGUACGCCUCCACCACGGACCCGUGCUCCCCAGCUUCGCCUGGAUUUCCCCCUUCGCCUAGAUUUCCCACUUCGCCCAGAUCUCCCACUUCGCCGGGUCUCGCCCCGCCCAUGGUCACGACGACGAUCUCUGUUUCGUCCAUGGCCAAGGAACAGACCACCUCCGUUCCGUCACGGUCGAUUUCGAGGAUAUCUCAUUCUCAUACCAACUGUAGUGAUGAGGGAGAUCUGUUGAGCGAGCGGGAGCAUGACCAUCGCAUUCCAUCUCCUGUGUCUGCGGAUAACAGGGUGGAGGACGGGUGGAUGGAACUGCAGGGGGUGAAGGGUGCUCGUGAGGAUGUUUGA